AUGUGUCCAUCUACAAAGAAGAGGCCCAAGAAUAGAGUGGCUUAUAAGAUGCAAGAUGAGAAACUGCAGGACAAGAAGCAUCAGCCUGUCAGCAAACUAAUUGAGUGGAGCCGACUUAGAAUGGUAUUAAAAAACUUGUCCCUCUUGAAGCUACUCAAGAGCUCAAACAGUCGGAUCCAAGAACUGCAUAGCCUGGCCAGAAGGUGCUGGAAUUCAAUUAUCAGAAUUCCAAAGAGCCCUCAAAUCUCUUCUGGGGGCAACAGUGUCUGCAAAAAAGUGAAACAAAAUAAUGAAGAGCUCCAAGAGGUUAGAGCCCUUGGGAAGAAACCAGAACCUAAGAAAGCAGAGUCCCUACAGGAACCUAAGGGGAAAACGUCCAAGGAGUGGAAGCCCAAGAAAAAGCCUAAAGGAGCUUCUACUGCAGUGCCACAGAGAAAAAAGCAGAUAAAGCCUAAAGCCCUCAAGAUGGCAAAGAGUCAUGGCUUGCACACCAGAGCCCAAAAGAGAAAACACCAUGUUAAGAAGCCCAGAGUUGUCUUCCUGAAGGCCUACCACCACAGAACAUCCCCGGGGGACAUGAAGCCACUGGAUACAACUGACCAGUUGGUGUGGUUUGAGGGGCUUCCCACUCGCGUCCACCUCCCGGGGCCCCGGAUCAUGUGCAGAUUGUCUACCCUGCGCUAUAUCAAGCGCGCCUGCACCCGCUUCUGCUGUGCGUCGCUUUGAGCUGCCUGUACACCGUCCACAAGGUGGGUGAGACAGUGCUGCCGUUCUGCAGGGGUGAGAUGCAGCUGCUCAGCCAGGCCUGCGGCUGAGCCCUAGACUCGGGACUGUGGGUCUUGAUG